CGUUAUAAUUCCCAUUAUAAUUUUUAGCCAACUCUUGUCGUUUUUGUUUACUCCAACCAAGUUAGGUGUUGUAUCUUGACAAGGAUUUAACUGAUUAGUAGGCGUAAGUAAAUGCUAAGGGGAAGUUUUACGGUCUGUAACUUUGAACCUGGCUGAUACAGCAGUAAAUCUGUGAUGUGACAAAUGAGUUCGACCUAGCUUAUAUUCACUUAUAAUAUGCACGCAAAAAAGAUUGUACGUGACUGACCUUCGCCUCUCAAACGCUACUUCGUUCUGACACCAUGCUAGCCACAGUGACUGCUGUGGUUAGGUUUGCUCAAUACAAUGGCAGUGUUUCACCCACACCAUUGGAGAACACAUCAGCAUUCCCAACUUGGAAGCCUGAUACUGAAGCCAACAUCACCAAGCCUCACAAAUGUCUGCAAGUUCUGUAUGAGGAUAUUGGAGACUCCAGGGUGCGGUUCUGGGACAUUUUACUGCUAGUGCCUAAUGUGGCUUUCUUUGUAUUCUUGAUGUGGAAGCUGCCCUCGGCCAGGGCAAAGAUUCGUCUCGCCUCUAGCCCCAUCUUCGUCACCUUUUACUUGCUGGUUUUUGUUGUAGCAGCAGUUGGAAUCACUCGAGCCAUAGUUUCCAUGACUGUCAGUGCAUCCAGUGCUGCCACCAUCAUAGACAAAGUGCUAUGGGAAAUCACCCGUUUCUUCUUGCUGGCUAUUGAGCUCAGUGUUAUCAUCUUGGGACUGGCUUUCGGUCACCUGGAGAGCAAGUCCAGUAUAAAGCGUGUGCUGGCUAUCACCGCUGUGCUGGCUCUCGCCUACUCCAUCACACAGGGCACAUUAGAGAUCCUUUAUCCAGACAGUCACCUCUCCGCUGAGGACUUCAACAUCUACGGCCACGGAGGAAGGCACUUCUGGUUGGCCAGCUCCUGCUUCUUCUUCCUGGUCUACUCUUUGAUUGUGAUCUUGCCUAAAACUCCAUUGAGGGAGAGGAUAUCUCUGCCAUCUAAGAGGAGUUUCUAUGUGUAUGCUGCCACCCUGUCUUUACUGAACCUUGUCCAGGGCCUGGGCAGCGCCCUGUUAUGUGCUGGAAUCAUAGAAGGACUCUGCUGUGUGGAUGUCACUACCUUCCUGUAUUUCUCCACAUUUGCUCCGCUAAUCUAUGUUACAUUCCUCAAAGGCUUUUUUGGUUCAGAGCCCAAGAUCCUGUUCUCCUACAAGUCACAGGUGGAUGAGCCGGAUGAAAGUGACGUCCACCUUCCCCCCACUGUAGCUACAACUGUUGGCCGUAAGGAGCUGACUGACCAGGGCCUAUUCUACUCCUCCACCCAGAUUGAUGGCUCUGGUCCCGGCAGCUCUCGUAUGGUAGGAGCAUACCUGGAUGAUGUUGCCUCUGGACCCUAUGGGUCCAGCAGUAUCAAUAGCAUUGAAGCUGACCGCUGGAGACCAAUCAAUGUGUGAAAGGAUGAAGAGGAGACUGGAAGAAGACAGAUGGUUAUCCAGCUGAACUUAAAUGUUGUGCAUGUGUAGUGUGUUAGGCAGGGUGGGGACCAGAGGAGUUGGCCAAAAAAACACAAAAUGAAGUAGUUGGACAUAGAAGGAAGGGUAAUCUUGGUCUUUCUUUGAGGCCAAGUGGACACUUUUAAGGAGAGACCUUUGCUAGCCAAAUAUCUGGAGGACUGUGAAUUUAGCAAACUGCUUUUGUAACACUGUUGCCAGAGUGCACUGCUGCUGUAGCUCCACACAUGGAGUACUGUCCCUCAAUGUGGACCCGACAGACCCCAUAUAGAUUCUAUUCCACAGGCUCUUAAAUGUGGGGUCUUACCGACUCGUCACAGCACAUUUUCUGUCAUUCCAGCAUCAACUGCUCAAUCCUCAGUGAUGAAGUUUUAGCCCCACUUUAAGUACCCACAUCUUUAAACUCGAUCUAACAUUCUAAUGAUGACAACUCAACAUCUGUACAUUACCACUAAAGCCUUUGAGUAACAGCAUCUCUACUGACUUUGCUAUUUACUGCCUUGUAAUUAGAUCUGUGACUCAGCUGUCACCGUGCCUCUUUAUACAGGGCAAGGACUCGUGCUCAUUCAUUUUGAUAGGUGUACUUUGUCUUAUGAAAUAGGUGCUGUCUGUCCCGUUAACAAGUGAACGGUGUUAGCAUGAUGUGUGUCAAUGCAAUAUAAUAAGGAAAUCAGUAACUCAAAAAUACAGGCAUUGCAUUCAUUUUAAAGAUCACAAACCAUCUGCAAGGCUCUCUACUAGAGGCUUCUGCUUCUGCUUUUGCUUUAAUUUCUUACACCAGAUUAAUCAUUCCUGCUACUGAAGGCAAAUUUGUUAGCUUCAUAGUCAUUAAGGAAGUGUUAUCAUUUGUCUGAUAUCAGCAACAAAUGUGCAAUCACAUGUUUUUUGUAUUCCAAUUCAGACCUGUGCUCAUUUCAUAUCAGCAUAUCUAGUUCAGCUUUGCUUGCUGCAGAAGGGUUGCUGUUUCAAAGUUGAGUUUUUAUUUUGCUGCAAACCUCUUCUUCUUUUUUUUUUUUUUUUUUUUUCUCCUGUUUUCAGAGUUUUCAUAAAUGUUACUGCAAGUGGUAAAAUUAGACCAAAAAAUAUAUUGCUCAAUUUUAUAGAAUCAAAUGGUGGUAUCUGUAAAGCUUCAUUAUAUAGAUAAUAACUUUUGGUUCCUUCUGAACAAGAAAGGCUCAGGCAAUUAUAUCAGUGAUGGGUAAUUUUAAGUCAAUGUCAAGGAGGAAACUACUGGAGUGUUGCAGAGAAAAGUUUGCUUGCUGAUUUAUUUCACGCUUGAGGUGUUUGUGUCUUGGCUCAACUCAUGAAAUCAUACUUUUCAUAAAUAGUAUUACUACAAUGACAUACUUGAGUCUUUUGAAACCACCUCAGAUCACAUUUACUCAUGCCUACCAAGGAGAUAUGAUGGAUUUAGGUUUUCCCCUGAAAAUACUAUGUUUGGUAGGAAUUGAUUACUCUAUUUAAAUUAGCAGUAUUCAUAGAUAAUGGUGACCUGUCUGCAGAAGAUGUAGGGUUACAUUUAUUUUUUCAUCAUCAUAAAGCAACAACACACUAAAGAAGUGAUGUAUUUCUAAAAAAAUACAGUAUUUGUCCGACUUAUAUAUUCAUAGUUGACUGCUGGUGAACACUGUUCUAUUACUUAGAAGAGUGUUCCCUUUUACAUCAGAGUUAGAACAGUGAUUGGGAAAUCUCUUUGCUGUUUGAUGUCGAGAGUUCACAAGGUGCAUUGUUAUGGAAUUGAGGAGCACUCUGUGGAUACCCAAGACGUUUGUUGGUGAAAUAAUUUUGCAAAUUGUGUGUAAAUUGCCUUUUUAUUUAAGUGCAUUGAUUGUAUAAUAUCCAGCCCGUAUUAAUGCAAUGUGUUGAGCAUUCCAUGAGCUACAGAAUAAACCAUGGACUCUUUCAUUUGGUUGUUUUGGGGAUGGGACACCA